CCGGAAGCUGGCUGCUGGGUGGUGGUGGUGGCGCUGGCAAGGCCGGCACCCGGCAGCAGCAGCAGUCCACUCCUGUCCACCCCCACCGGUGGGUGGCUCCUUAAAAGGGCCGGCGGCCAUGGUCAGGCCGGCAACUCGGGCCCGGCCCACCGGCUUUCUGUCCCCCGCAUCUGUAGCCGGGCGGGUACAAAACUUGUACUACGACGCGACGCCUCCCCUCCGGCCUCCAGGCUCCCGGCUCCGGCUGCCUCUUUCUCUUCUCUCCUGCUCCUUUCUAUAAAGCGCGGACCUCCCAGUCCCACUCCCUUCCCGCACCGCAGACGCAGAGCAGCCAAACGCCACCUCGAGCCCCCGAGCGCCUGCGCAGACCGCAGCCAGGAAACCGCCUUCUCCGACAUCCGGCUCUCCUCCACGCUCCCGCUACUCCGCUCCAGCUCCACCGCCACCACCACCACCGACCCACCCAUCCCAUCCAGCCAUGAAGCGGCUCCUGCGGCGGCUGUCCCGCACGGUGGUGGCGGCGGCGGCGUCCAGCGAGGACGGCGGUGCGGCGGCGCGGCCCAGCAGCAAGGACGACGGGAGCAGGAGGCGCAGGAGGAAGAAGGCGGGGUCCGUGCCGGAGGGCCACGUGCCCGUGUGCGUGGGCGAGGAGGGCGGCCCCGUGGAGCGCUUCGCCGUGCGCGCCGAGCUGCUGGGCGAGCCGCCCUUCGCCGCGCUCCUCCGCCGCGCCGCGCAGGAGUACGGCUACGCGCACCCCGGCGCGCUCCGCAUCCCCUGCCCCGUCGCCGACUUCCGCCGCCUCCUGCUCCGCCUCUCCCGCGACCCCGCGCCCGCCGCCGGACGCUACGCCUACGCCUAGGCGCCGUCCGUCCCUACUUCGUGCUCUCCGCCGCCGCUGGAGACCGUCUGCGCUUCCGCGGUUUUAGCCCUACUACUAGGGGGCGGCAGGAUGGGGCUCUCCUUUUUAUUUUUCCUCUUUUUUUACGGCUUGCUAGUGUAGUAGCCGUACUAGCAGUAGCUGCUCGAUGGAAGAACUACAGCCGGGUGUCUUAUUUUUUUACCCCCUUCUGGUUCUAGGACUCUCCUCGCAGUGUGGUGCGCGUCUGUGCUUAGAAAAAAGUUGGCUGGAGAAUUCGGCAUUAACCGAUGCUCCUCCAUUUCCAUCCAGGCCAUUCAUAUUAGUGUUGCCUGUUGAUGAGGUAAUCAGUAAUUUCCUCUUUUUUACCGCCA